CCGCUGGUGCCGACUGCGGGACGUGCAGUGAACUUUGUGAUCGUUGGAUAGUCGCGAGAGAGAGAUCGUGAGUUGUUUUGCUUACUGUGUACAAAGGUUGUUCGAUGUGUGUUUUGCUGAUGACAGAGAUUUUUGCGGUAUUUUAAUAAAGUAAAAUAGGGGUAGUUGGGGAAUUAAUGAUAUUAAUAAUUUUUUAACAAUAAAACGGAGAACCGCUUGAAGCUUGUCGCGUCACGCCAUGCCCGCCAGCGCGCGGCUGCUGCCGCUGCUGCUGCUGGCCGUUGCAGUGAGCAGCGUGGGCGGCGGCGGCGGCGGCAGCGCGCCGCGGCUCGUGGUGGAGCCGCCGGCGCUGGUGAGGCACAGCGCGGCUGCCGGCGCACGGCUGCGGUGCCGCGCGGCCGGCGACCCCGCGCCGCGCCUCAGCUGGCUCGGCGAGGAUGGGGCAGAGCUCACUGAUACACACCAUAGGCGAGUAUUUCCUAACGGCACCCUGGAGGUGCUGCCGUCGACGGCGGCGCUCAGCAGCAGUGUGGUGCGGUGCCGCGCCGCCAACGCGCACGGCGUCGCGCUCUCUCGGGAGGUCAUGCUCGAGCCUGUUGCGGAUGUGCCGUGGGAGGCCGUGGUGAGCGCGGGCACGGUGUCGGCGGGCGGAGUGGCGGCCGUGUCGUGCCGCGCGUCCGCCGCCGGCGCCGCGCCGCUCGUGCGCCCGGCCGUGUGGUACCGCGCCGACCAAGUGCUCAAUGUGGACCCGCCCGCGCCUGAAUCGCGCUAUGUGGUAUUUGGUGACACACUCCUGAUUCGCGGAGUGUCGCCACACGACGACGGGCCGUACAGCUGCCUCGCGAGACACUCCCUCACGGCGGUCACCAAGAGGAGCAAACCUGCCGUGCUCACCGUAUCUACAGGUAGCUCAACAUCGGCGCCCCGUCUGUCCGCGCCGGCGGGCGAGCUGUCGGUGCCGGCGGGCGCGCACGUCUGUCUGCCGUGCGCUGCGCCCGACCACCCACAGCCGCACUACACCUGGUACCGCGAGCUUCACGGCCGGCUUUCCCCAGUCGAGCCCUCCCCCACGGUGUGGGAGUGGGGGGGAGGCGCGGCGCUGUGCUUCAGGCGCGUGCGGCGACAGCUUGCCGGCGCGUGGCUUUGCAAGGCUUACAACGUGUUCGGAGAUGCCACGGCUCAGCUCAGAUUGAAUGUUGAAGACGUACUCACUGUUACUGUUUCUCCUACUCUAGUGGUGGCAGACACGGGCAGCACAGUCCGCCUGAACUGCAGCGCCAAUGACCCGACGGCCUCGCUGAGCUGGCUGCACGAUGGCGUGGCGACCGGCGCGGGGUCAGAACUCAUCCUGCGGGGUCUGGCGCGAGCCCAGCGUGGGCUGUACCAGUGUGUCGCGCGCCGGCAGAGGGAGAGCGCGCAGGCUGCUGCUGAAGUUCGGCUUGGGGACUCUCCACCGGAGUUACACUACACAUUCAUAGAGCAGGCGUUGCGCGCAGGAGGCAGCGUGUCUCUGCGCUGUGCUGCUUCAGGUUCCCCUCCUCCUAGGAUCGGUUGGAUGCUUGAUUCACAGCCCCUUGAUCAAUAUCAUCGUCACAGAUACUUUAUCAGCGACGAGUCAUCGGUAAACGGUGACGUGGUUUCGAUCCUUAACAUCAGCUCAGCCUCACCCGAAGAUGGUGGCCGGUACACAUGUCGUGCUAGCAACGCCAAAGGGCAUCAUGACCAUUCCGCAAGACUUAACAUAUACGGCCCACCGUCAAUCCGUGCACUGGGUCCGGUGCGAGUCGUCGCGGGCGCCAACGCCACAGUCUUCUGCCCGUACGCUGGAUAUCCGAUCAGUUCUAUCUCGUGGUGGGAGCGGGGUGCCGGGCGUGCUGUGGAGGGUACAGGGCGGGUGUCAGCCCGAGGAGCUGAGCUCAGGUUGUCACCGGCGCUAGCGGCCGAUGCUGGACACUACGCUUGCGCAGUUGUUGCGCCAGAUGGCGCUGCUGCACGCCGUGACAUCGAGAUCCAAGUUAGAAAUCCACCGAAAAUUUCGCCCUUCAUGUUCUCUUCCGAGUUGAUGGAAGGCAGUUCAGUACAAGUCCUAUGUGGAGUCUCGUCUGGUGACAAACCCAUGUACUUUUCAUGGCUCAAGGAUGAAGCGCCUCUACCGCCAAACUUACAGAUCGAAGAAAAGAGCUUAAACGAGUUUUCCUUAUUAAUGUUCUCUGAUCUGUCAGCAAAGCACAGUGGUCGAUACACCUGCCGCGUGUCCAACCAUGCAGCCACAGUUAACUAUACUGCAACGCUUAGCGUCAAAGUUGCACCAUCGUGGAUUUCGGAGCCCACUGACACUGCUGUGAUGCUAGGUGCCCCUAUCAACUUGGAUUGUGUUGCCAAAGGAUACCCGUCACCUACUGUCACGUGGUACAGACAUCUUGGGGAAAUAGCCAGCCUUAACCUCGAAAAUAGCAACCAAUGGGAAGUGAUAAGUGGAUCAGAAUGGGGAGACACUGCAUCAGGAUUACGAGCCAAUAAUGGAACACUGCGCAGUAUCACUGCAAUGCGCAUACAUCAAGGAAGCUACCGGUGUGUUGCAGACAACGGUGUCGGCCCACCGCUUAUAAAACACGUCAACUUGACUAUUCAUGAGCCAGCACACUUUGACGAGUCCGUGGGCACAAACGUGAGUUGCGUGCGCGGCCGCAGCGUGUCGCUAGUGUGUCACGCGCUCGGCGACUCUCCUCUCACGCUGCAUUGGUCCCAUCGAGGAGUUAGACUGGACCUGAAUUCAUACAGGUGGACUGUAUCAGAAGUCCGAACAGCAGAUGGUCUACGCUCAACAUUGCAACUACGCGCGGUGGAGCGCGGGGACGGCGGCGAGUACCGUUGUCAUGCCGCCAACCAGUUCGGACGGAGCGAGCUGCUCAUGUUCCUGCAUGUUGAAGAGCCCCCUGAAGCGCCAAGGGCCUUGCAUCUGGGUGGCGUGAGUUCACGUUGGGUGCGAGUGACAUGGCAGGCGCCAGCACUAGCCAGAACUCUGUGGUACUCCGCACUGGUGACUCCUCUGCACACGCUGAGAACCGAGUCGAGCCACGCUACUACCUUCAACUUGACCAUCGAGCCUACCACUAAUGAACGACUAGAUGAUUCAACGUUGACAACGCUGGCUGCUCGGGUGGAGGCGUUAAGACCUGCUGCAGCGUACUCACUUCGUCUCACCGCCGCCAACCACGUGGGACAGUCCCCCACUUCAGAUCCAUUGCUCUUCACCACGCUUGACGAAGCUCCCUCAGUUUCUCCACAAAACGUUAGAGUGAGACCUGCCAAUUCUGGAGAGUUACACAUAUCAUGGUCGGCUCCUCCUCAAGAUAGUUGGAAUGGAGAGUUGUUAGGCUACGUGGUCACGUGGCGUGAGCUCAGCCGAGAAGGAGAGUUGGCAAAUGCCGGAGAUGAUGGAAUGACGCGGAACGGCAUGGCGGUGGCUCCUGGUUGGGGCAGCACAGAACUGACGGUAGCGGGCCUGAAAGUUUUCUCUCGCUACGCAUUGACAACACGAGCGUACAAUCGCGCUGGAGCGUCGCCGCAUUCUCCUGCUGUUUAUGCAACCACUGGUGAUGGAGUGCCGGAGGAGCCACCGAACUCAGUAAUUUGCGAAGCGGUUUCGACGCGUUCGCUGCGUAUACGUUGGUCACCGCCAGCGUUAUUGCAUACACAUGCUUUACGUGGAUAUGAUCUGCACUACGCGCCUAUACUUGUUUCUGAUGGGGUCACUGGCGGCGGUACUGAGUGGCUAACAGCUCGUACGGGCGCUAGCGGAGAGGCCACGCUGACUGGACUAAGGCCAGCCACUAACUACACGGUGUGGGUGAGAGCGCGCGCCGGCGCCGGCCUGGGCCCGCCGGCGGCGCCCGUCUACUGCGUCACUGGAGAAGACGUGCCGGGGGUAGUGGCGGCGGUGCGCGCACUGGCGUCGGGUCCUGACGCAGUCCGGGUGUCCUGGCUGCCACCGACGCCGCGCGCCGGCCGCCUCACGCACUACACGCUCUACACCAGGGAGCUCGGCAAAGUGGGUGGUGAAUGGUCACAACGCGUUGAAGCAGGCGCUGACAUAAAUGAAGACGAAGUAUCUCGCGACGUGGUAGGACUGCGCGAACGAACCGUAUACGAGUUCUGGGUGCGCGCCGCCACGUCCGCCGGCGCCGGCGCCCCAACGAGGCCCGUGACGGCGGCGCCUGCGCAGCCAUUGUCGGCGAGAAUCUCGUCGUUCAGCCGAAUAGUACACGCUUUCCGUGGCACCAGACUACGGCUACGUUGCUCAUCCGUAGGCGCACCACCCCUGCGCUAUCACUGGUCACCACUCCCUAUCGCACAUACCAUCACAGACAGUGGAGAUUUUAUCAUACAUAAAGUGGAAACGUCAACUGCGGGGAACUACACGUGUUCCGUUCGGAACGGUGCGGGCGCUGAUGCAGUGGUGUACCACGUGCUCGUGCGCCGGCCUCCCGCGGCGCCGGCGCCGAGGCUGCUGCGCACCGACACCAACACGUUACACUUAGCAUGGGACCCGCCGGAAGAUGGGGGUGCCUCCAUUCUUGGAUAUACUUUCUGGUGGCGACGCGAGGGCGCGCCAGAUUCAUCACCGACAGGCUCGACACAAGUCCCGGCCGGCGACUCCACGCUGACGUUGCGGCGUUUGGCAUGUGGCGCCCUCUACCGGGUCACCAUGCGCGCGCACAACGCGUUAGGCUAUUCACCGAUGUCACCUCCACUUCGUGCAAGGACUGAUGGUGAUAAAGUGAAACCUCCAUUGGGCAAGGAAUUUGUAUGGGCAAAUAGCAGCACGUUGCGGCUAAACUUACUGGCCUGGCGUGGGCGAUGCGCGGCCGUCAGUUGGAGCGUGUCGGUGCGGGGGGAGCGGGCGGGGGGCGGCUGGCAGGCUCUCGUUGCCGACGGAGAGAGAGCUGAGGCGAAUGGACUGUCAUCAGGUACCUGGUAUGAGGUCCGCGUGGUGGCUCACGGUCCGGCUGGCGACUCCCCAGCCCUCUACCGUGCGCCAACACUCACACACACUGGAGAACGCAUCGGGGAGCCUGUGCUGGUUCCAGUGGAAGCCCGCAGCCAGAUAUCGGAAGGGGGAGGAGUCGGGGUGGGGGCGGUAGCGUGGCGCGCUCCUCUCUUGCCGAUACUGAUAGCUACUGCUCUCGCCACGCUAUUGGCUUCUCUUGCUGUCGGCGUUGUGUGGGCGCGGCGACGACAUCGAGCCUGGUGCCUGCACCGCACUUGUUCCCCGGCUCCUGCGCCCGCGCAUCCGCAGCUCUACAGCACGGAACCCGGCAAGAGAAAUGGAAAGACCCUAUCCCCAUCAGAUAUAUUAAUUAACACAGAUGAUCUGCACGAUGAGAUAAGCCCGUACGCCACAUUCAGCAUGACGGGCGCGGCGUCGGGGUGUGCGCUGCAUUUGCACACGUUCGGCCGCGCCGAGUCGCUUGACUUGGCUGCUGCACCGCCGCGCCCCAACCUGCUCGCGCAUUCGCAAGAGUACGGACGAGCACGCGACAGCGACUCGGAGUCAAGCGGCUCGCCGUGCGCCGCGUGCGCCGCCUCGCUGUACCGCCUGCCUGCCGCGCAUCUCUCUGACACACUCCCAGCUGUAGAGUCGAGUGCGGAUGAUACGUCAUACAGCGCUUGCGGUCGGGGGCGCGUGACGAGCGCGCAGCUCGAGCUCACUGAGCGGAGCAAGCGAGCGGAGCGCGACGCGCGGGGCGGAAGAGCGCGCCGGCGCAGGGAUCACGCACGCCAUAUUGCCGCGCCUAGCGGGGGCAGUGUCAGGUACUUCUCCACUGCAGCGUUGCGGUCUCGUGACCCACUGUGAGCUAUAUAACCCCUUGUAAAUAUUCAAAAUAUUGUACAAAAGCAAACAAAAAAAACUAUAAUAUUAUUCUAAAGACACUAAUUUCUGUGCACUCUUAACAAAGGCAGUUCAUAUAGUGUGUUGUUGAAUAAUGAUAUAUCAUCUUUUUUACUAACUCCAAAGUAGUAUUUUUGUUGUAUGAACUUUGUCGCGAUGAGUUUCUCGGCGCGCUCUCCGGCCGACUGAAGCUAAUCUUAUUAAAUAAAUAAUCCAG